CCUCGAAGGGCGUGGUAACAAGUACCUAAUGAUGUAUAUGAAUGACCAGUCAUUCUACGUGUAAAUCAGGUACUCGACUUUGUUUCUCCGGCGCCUUUUCCACGUCGUGGGCAUGUAGUAAGGAACCAAGACGGGUUGUCAUUUUUUUUUUCUUUGACCGCCAAGUCAUCUCAUGCAGCAAUCUUAUUUUUUUUCUCUCCCUCUUCCGUCCCAUUCUGUUCUUUUUUACCAGGGGCGGGUUAUACAUAUUACUAUUUAGCUAUAUUACCAGGUUCAGUGCUCGGUGUGUGUGUAAGCACGCACUGCACACCUAGGCAUGCAAGUAAAAUACUUGGCUUACCUUAGGUAGGUAAAGCUCUCCGGCCGAGUUACAGCUACACGCUACACCGAGAUUCCCUCUUUGGCCCCCA